AUGUUUAGCAAGGCGGGCGUGUUGCGCCUGAAUACUCAUGCAUUGCAGAUCACAGCUGCAGUCGCAUUUAUCUGGCUCUUUGUAGUCCUCGUCUACUGCUAUAGAGACCUAUCGUUUUCGACACCGUCCCCUGAUGUCAGUUCAAGCCGGCCCAGCAGCAGACCCAACCGACCCAGUGCACCGGGUUCGCAGACGUAUGAACCAAUUAAGCUGGGCGCGCAGUACUUUCUCGACUAUCCACUGAGGGAACCAUACAAGGAUAUCUUUGGAGAGCUGGGGCAGCGCGCGCAGUUCCUUCGGUUAUGGAUUGAGCAGUUGGAGGAUGUGGAUGGGAGUUCUGAGGAACGUGAAGAGGUGGUGGAACUCAUUGAACGACUGACCAAAUCACUGUUCCCAUAUCUCAAGCAGAAUGAGGGUGCUUCUCCUCCACUUGCAGCGAUUCAAGAGCGAAUCGGCAUUUCGCAGAAUGAGGCAGGCAAUCUGACAGCUGCGAGGAAACCCGCUGGCAUCGUCAUCCCCACGGGCGAAAACACACUUCGAUUCGCUUGUCAUCUCGUCGCAUCCCUAACGAGAGUUCACAAAACCACGCUGCCGAUUCAGAUUGUAUAUGCCGGAGAUGACGACCUGUCUUCGGCUGGAAGGAAGAAGAUACAAGAGGCGGCCGGCGACACUGACGUUGACAUGCUGGACAUUCUCACCGUUUUCGACGAUGAGACGCUCAAACUCGCCGAAGGAGGAUGGGCGAUAAAACCCUUUGCUGCGCUCGCGAGCCACUUCGAACAGGUCAUCUUGCUCGACGCGGACGCUGUGUUUCUUCAAGAUCCCGAGCAACUACUUCGCCAAGAUCGAUUCCAGGAAACCGGCGUCCUCCUAUUUCACGACCGACUGCUUUGGAAGGGAAUGUUUGCCGAUCGCCACAAUUGGUGGCACGAACAGCUCAAACAUCCCAGUCCGGAGACGGAAAAGUCACUCGUGUGGACGGAGCACUACUCAGAGGAAGGUGACUCGGGCAUCGUGGUGGUCGACAAGACGCGGCUCGACGUCUUGAUCGGUUUGUUGCAUGUCGGCUGGCAAAACUCGGAAGCGGUGCGAAAUGAGGUGACGUACAAGAUCACGUACGGAGACAAGGAGAGUUGGUGGAUUGGCUUCGAGGCUACGGGGUCCAAGUAUUCCUUCUCGCCGCAUUAUGGUGGGAUUGUUGGGUGGUUGGAACCGACUGAGCAGGACGAGGACAAUGCAGAAUCAGAAGAAAAGUCGAAGCGAGAAGAAGAGGUCCGCGUCUGCAGUUUCGUCAUCGCCCACGUCGACCAAACCAACAAGCUCCUAUGGUACAAUGGCGGCCUGCUCAAGAACAAGAUUGUCAACCAGACCAAUUUCGAGGUGCCGACGCACUGGAUGAUUGAUCAGACGUGGUACAAGGGUGCUGCGAAGAAGGAUAUGAGUUGUAUGGCUGGAGACCAAGCGACUGAAUUGUCGGAGGAUGAAAGGCGCAUUUUGUCGAGAUCUAUUGAGGUCGCCAAGGAUGUGGAUGAGCGGUUAGGAUUAUUGUCAUGA